AUGAAUGCAACGCUAAGCACAGUUUUCGAUAUCAACCACAUAGCAUCACAUGCAGUUGAUGGUAUGACAACGUGUAUUAUAGGAUCAACACCCGCACGGAUUGCGCACACUAAACUGGAGACAAGUCCGUGGCUGAAGAUCAGUCUGAGGAAUUCCGUCUAUGUUAUGAAAGUGUUGAUUUACAACAGGCAGGAUUGCUGUGGGGAACGGUUUCAUAAUGUCGAGAUUAACGUGACAGAAAAUGGGCGAAAUAAUCCGUGUGGUUUUUACCCUGGACCUGCUGAAAGUGGAGACCGGAUAUUGUUUCUGUGUGAACCCGGCACCCGAGGAAUUGACGUCACAAUCUCCCUUUUGCCAAAUGGCCAGCCCAUAUUUUUCGGUUUGUGUGAAGUCGAGGUGUAUGGUCAACCUUAAAAUACUUAAAUAUUUGCGAUGUUUCUUUUUGAUACAAAAUAUUAUAAAAGAAAUGCAAUUGUGGAAAACAAAAAUGUCAUAUAUGAACUUACA